AUGGACGGGGAAGAAGUGAUCGACCUCAGUCCGUGGGUAAAGACUACGACAACAGAAGAUGAUGCACAGCCGUCGAAGAUUAUGCUAUCGCUGAUGGCACCGUUAGGGACACAUAGCAUAGUGGAAAGAUGUCGAAACCCGGACUCGCGCUGCGUUUUAAUAGACGAUUCGGUUGUCUGGCCCGACAUUAUUCACGAAAAGCUGCGGACGGCAUGGCUUAUGAAGGCAUGGCGAGCACACGCAAGCAGUCUCUCGCCCGCGCCACGCAUUGUGUUCGAUCUUCGCCUUCCACUGCACGAUGUAGGAGACACAAAUGAGAAACAGUCCAAGAUGGUGUGGAAUAGGUAUGCAUGGGAAGACGAGAGAUCGUUCUUACUGGACUGGGAGCAAGUUAGUAGGGCGAUUAUGGUUAUUGCAACGGGUAUGAAGAUGCGGCGACAAGAUGAAAUUGCAUUUGAGAUUGCGUAUGGCAGCGGCAAGAAUUCUUGGAAGCAGCUCCAGAAACUCCUCUCUGGAUUCGGUCAUGUUAGUGUCACCAAGCUUGUUAAGGACGGCGAGGUGGAGAGAACGAGGCCGGUGGCGGUACGAAGUGAAUCGUCCGCGUCUGGGAUGCCAUCUGUACAGGCGGUUCGUCUGACGAAAUAUAUGGUGCCACUGUCAGAAACUCACUCUACAACAUAA